CAAUAGCCCACCCACCGUUUCUCAUCACUAGACUUCCUUGGUUAUAUAUACUCCUCUCCCUUCCAUCUCUCUCCCCACUCUUCAAAUUAACAAAACUAAAUCUUACCCUUACCUACAACAAAACAAUUCUAGUAUCUAAUGACUAUGCAAAUAAAAGAGCAAAAGAAUGAAACUGAGAAGAAAGCUGACGACGGAGCUAAGAAAGACGACAGUCUCCCUCCUGUCGUUUACAAACUCGACUUGCAUUGUGAAGGAUGCAUCAAGAAGAUUAAACGUUCCGCUCGUCAUUUUGCCGGUGUGGAAACAGUUAAAGCAGAUCUAGCUUCAAACAAAGUGACGGUUACUGGUAAAUUUGACGCUGUUAAACUUCAAGAAAAAUUGGCUGAGAAAGCUAAGAAGAAAGUCGACAUCAUCUCAGCGCCGCCAAAAAAAGACGACGCCGCCGCGGAAAAACCGUCGGAAAAGAAGGCUGAGGAGAAAAAGCCUGAAGAGAAGAAAGCCGAAGAGAAGAAACCAGAAGAGAAAAAACCAGAAGAAAAUAAGCCUAAAGAGAGUACGGUGGUUUUGAAGAUCAAAUUACACUGUGACGGUUGCAUUACGAAAAUUAAAAGGAUCAUUCUGAAGUUUAAAGGGGUAGAAACGGUAAACCUUGACGGAGAUAAGGAUUUGGUAACAGUGAAAGGAACAAUGGAACCGAAGGCGUUGGUGGAGUAUCUUACAGAGAAGCUAAAGAGAAACGUUGAAAUGGUAGUACCGAAGAAAGAAGAGAAGAAAGAGAAAGACGGUGGCGGAGAGAAGAAAGAGAAGAAAGAAGAAGGUGGUGGUGAGAAGAAAAUCGACGGUGGAGAUCAAGCGAAGGUGGAGGUUAAUAAAAUGGAGUAUCAGUACCCGAUGCAAGCUCCAAUGUAUUGGUACGAUGGAGGUGCGGGGCAAAGUAGUAAUUAUGGUAUGGAUCAGUUUCAUCAACCUGGUUAUGGUCAUUAUGAUCAACCUGGCUAUGGCCAUUAUGAUCAACCUGGGUAUAUGAUGAAUCAAGGCGGUGGUGGCGGUUAUCCUGUGCAGGCGCCACAGGUUCCGUUUUAUAUGAACCCUAGUCAUCCUCCACCGCAGAUGUUUAGUGAUGAGAAUCCCAAUGCUUGUUCUGUGAUGUGAAGAGGGUUGUUCUGAAGAUUGUUUUUGAUCGAGUGUAUACAUGCUUACACGGACGCAAUACGCAUGAUGUAAUUUGUAUAAAAAUUAUAUUAAGUAUAUAAUAUUAAUUCGAGAGAAAUUUUAUGAUAAA